AUGCGUUUUUUUACCACCGCCGCAAUUUUCGCCCUUUUCUCGGCCGCGAUUGCCGAUUGCAACCCGGCAAAAACAUUUGCAACUCUUCAAGCCCGUCAACCUGUUUCUCGACUUACUUCCUCCAAGUUAAUCUCCGAGGGUAGGGGAAAUAGAGCUCGGCCGUGUAGUGACGCUGGAGAAUAUUGCACGACGGAGAGCGAUUGUUGUGAGGGGCGUCUUUGUGUCUGGAACAAAUGCGGCAAAAACCGUCCUUAA